CAGACAGCGGAGAGGAUCACCAUGUUCUCCUAUGUGCUCUUCACGGCUCUGUCCGGCGCGGCGCUUCUGCCUCUUCUACUUUACCUUCGAAACCCCUACGUCUUCCAGGACCUCACCUAUGCCAUCACUGCUAUUAAGAUCGGGGUAGAGAUGUCCAAGCUCAAGAAGCGCAAACCCUUCCACUCCUUGCUGGGUCGCUUUGAAGAACAUGUGGCGAACCAGCCCGACAAGACGUUCAUGGUGUUCGAGGAGAGCACCUAUACCUACCGAGAAGCGGGCAAGAUGGUCAACAAGGCGGCUAGAACUCUCUCUCCUUACGCCAAGGAGGGGGACCCCGUGGCCCUGUUUCUGGGGAACGAGCCCGCGUACGUGUGGCUGUGGCUCGGUCUGGCCAAGCUGGGCUGCACCGCGGCGCUGCUCAACUGCAACCUUCGGAGCAAAUCCCUGCUCCACUGCUUCACCUGCUGCGAAGCCAAGUUACUGCUGGUUGGAGAAGAUCUUCUGGGGGCUGUCGAGGAAAUCUUGCCCACCCUGAAGCAAAAUGGGGUCCGUGUCUUCAUCCUGAAAGAGUCCUGUGACGUCGAAGGCAUUGAAAGCCUUUGUGACAAACUCCAGCAGGCCUCGGACCUGCCGCUGCCCAAUCAGCUGACUUCCAAAACCCACAUGAAGAGCCCGGCGCUCUACAUCUACACCUCAGGAACCACAGGUCUGCCCAAGGCUGCUGUCAUCACUCAGGAACGAUUGUGGUUGGCAUCGUUUUUGGCCUCGAUAGUUGAUGUUCGAACAGAUGACGUUCUCUUUGUGUACCUUCCUCUCUACCACUCGUCCGGCCUGCAGAUGGGAGUGAGCGGGGCCAUACAAAGAGGCAUCACGAUUGUCGUGAAGCGUAAAUUUUCUGCAUCCCAGUUCUGGAAAGACUGCAAGAAAUACAACAUUACCGUUAUACAGUAUGUUGGGGAGAUCAUGCGCUACCUUUGCAACACACCUCAGAAAGACAGCGAUAGAGAUCAUAAGGUCAGGCUGGCGUACGGCAACGGCAUCAGAAGCGACACCUGGGCGGACUUCCUGCAAAGAUUCGGGGAUAUCAAAAUCGUUGAAUGCUACGGAGCAACGGAAGGGAACGUUGGCUUCGUCAACUACUCUGGCAAGAUCGGAUCGAUUGGAAGAGACACUUUAUUUCACAGGAUGACACAUGGGUACGCUUUGAUAAGAUACGAUACAGAGAAAGAAGAGCCGGUCAGAGACGCCAGAGGGUUUUGCAUUCAAGUCCCAAGAGAGGAAACUGGUCUGUGUGUGGCAAAGAUCAAUUCCAGAACACCGUUUGCUGGUUACGCCAACAACAAGCAGCAGACUGAGAAGAAGCGGCUGCGAGAUGUUUUUGAGAAGGGAGACCUCUACUUCAACACGGGAGAUCUUCUCAGGAUCGACAGUGAAGGCUUCGUCUACUUUCAGGAUCGCAUCGGGGACACUUUCAGGUGGAAGGGAGAGAACGUGGCCACCACAGAAGUGGCUGAUCAUUUGUUGACACUCGACUUUAUGGAGGAGGUGAAUGUCUACGGCGUGAAGGUGCCAGGGCACGAGGGGAGAAUUGGAAUGGCGGCAGUGACGCUGAAGGAAAACAUGGACUUUGACAGCAAGGCUACAUAUCAUCAUGUGAAGAACUACCUCCCAAGCUACGCACGACCUCGUUUUAUCCGCAUACAGGAUACUCUCUCCACCACUGCAACCUUUAAGUUGCUAAAGGUGAAGCUGGCGGAGGAGGGCUUCAAUCCAGCCAUUAUCAAAGAUCCUCUCUACAUCUUGGAAGACAAUGCAGGCUACGUUCCGAUGACCCAAGAGGUGUUCGACGCCAUCACGGAGGGGAAAAUGAAGCUGUAAUUCACUUCCUUGAAACAAGUUCAAGCUUACAAAUACAUCAGUUUAUGCAUCAUUUUCAAAUUCCAUGUCCUGAAGUCAAAGAGGCAGCCUUUAAUUAUUUCUUAGUCACACACUUUAUUCUGGAGUUGAGGAUUCGGUCAUUGUGGAGAUUGUUUUUUUUUUGGGUAGCUACAGGAGUUCGGGCACAGAUGUGGUCUCCAGUGGUGUAGCAGAGGGGGUGGCGUUGAUCAUGUUGGAAGGAGAGGUAUAGUUUGCCCGUCUGCAGUGUUUGGGGGCAGCAGGAGAGGCUUUGCGAGGGCAGCAGAGCUGGUGGCGUCCACACUGGACCCAUGGGUUGCAGAAACUCGGCACACUGUUGAACUUGGUCAGCUUUUUCAGGACUUCUUUACCAGCAAGAUUAGACUGCAUCUCUGCCUUCUCUUCCACUGCACCAGUCCCCAGGGCUGCCAUCUUGGACUGGCCGGAAAGAGGACCGAAGUAGUUAUAUGGCAGCGGCUCGCUGCUGCAGCUCAGGGAACGCAUGGGCCGCCUCGGUCGGUUCCAGGCCUUAUCGAUCCACAGCUCCACUUGGGCCUUGUCCAUUGUGGAAGCAGCGUCCUGUGUCUCCUCCGACUUUGCUUCCUGGUUAUCCUCUUCUCCAGUCACAUGAUCUUCUGCUAGCGUUGGCUGAUACACCUUAUCCAGGGACUUCUUCUCAGCCAGGAGAGCAGCCGCGGUGUUAGAAAUGAUCUUCCAGUCCCUCAGGAUAUCGUCUGCAGUGGUGUGCUGUGAUGUCACCGUAAAUCUGAUGAUGCGCUUGGUGUAAAUGUCAGCAGGGAUCAAGUACAUGGUGCCAGAUCGAGUUAGUCUCCUCAGUAGCUCCUGCGUCAGAGCAUUUCCACCCUGAAUAGACAAAUUUGCCAAAGUUAAUGGGGAUUCAUUUCUUUGAAAUCAUGUGUAUCAUUAUUCCCACCAAAUGACCCGUGAAGUCGGUUUAUCAACUCACCUUUGAACAAGGUACACGCCUGGGCAAUCAUUAGCUAGCAGCCCGAAAAACAACAUAGCACAACACUUACCGUCAGAGAAAAGACCACAAGGCCUAGAUGGCGCUCUGCAGGAACCUCAAAAUGGGCCUCCUUCUUUAUCUGGGACUCCAGAAGCUUUGCCAUCGAAACACCCUGCAAGUCAAAGUGAUUUCAGGAUUGGCUCCAGAAAUAUUGUCAUUAAAUGUGUUUUUUUAAGAUUUCACUUUGAACUAAACACCUCUACACUUCACUUAAUUCCUCUUUUGAUCAUAAAUCGACUUAGAUACAGGGACCAUCCUUCAAUAAUGUGCAUUUCAUGAGAUGAUUCUCUUAUAAUGCUCCACUGGAGAAGGCACUCCCACUUUGUGUAAUGCAAGUCCCAUAAUGCACUGCAAUGAUUGUUACUCUUUUUACAGCUUAAGUUUUGUGUUAAAGUUUGUAUGUCUAAUAAAACAUUGUAGGCUAGAUUUUUGCCCCUUUGUGGCUGAUGUUUUGUAUUGGAUUACAUUUGCGGUUCCGAUGCAUCAGUGACCAUGGACUGAGAUAUGUCUGGUUAGAACUGCUCAGUAUGGAUGACAGAAAUUGACAGAAUGACAUAAUAUAAUGUAAAAAAUGCAAAUUAAAAAUGGCUUUGAAUUAAAUCGAAGAUGCUGCUGAAAGAAAACCAGUGAUGAAAUGAGAUUUAUUGGGAUGAAAAAUGAUUUAUGUGACGUGAGUCUGUUGAAAAAAAUAAAUAAAGACGUGAUGA